AUGACAAGUGAAAGACAAACAGAAAUAUAUGGUUCCAAAGAAAAAGGUCCAACAAAAAUACUUAAUUUCCUAUAUUUAGGAAGCCAAGCGGAUGCUUUAAAUAAUGAUAUUUUAAAAAAAUAUGAUAUAAAAGCAAUCCUUAAUAUUACUAUUCCAUGUAUUCGCCCCGACAAAGAGUUAAUAAAAGAUUCCAAUUUUCUUAAUAUUGAAUUGAAAGAUAAUUUUACUGAAAAAAUAUUACCACAUUUUGAAAGGGCAUUUGAAUUUAUUGAUAAACAAAAAGAUCUCAAAAAUAAUGUUUUGAUACAUUGUUUAGCAGGUAUAUCAAGAUCGGCAACAUUUUGUAUUGCCUAUCUUAUGAAACAUUUAGCAAUUGACCAUAGCUGUGCCUAUAGUUAUGUUAAAAGUCUCCGUUCAUCAAUCUCACCAAAUUUUAAUUUUCUUGGACAAUUAUUUGAAUAUGAGACAAAUUUAAAAAAAGUUAUGUUAUUGAAACAUGAAAUACCAAAAAUAGAUAUUAUUAAUUACUCUUCCUCAUCAAAAUGCGCAAAUGAAUGUAAAAAUACUUUUAUUACAUUAGAUAAUUUUAAUAUAAAAGAGAUACAAAGUAAUACAAUUAUUAAUGAUACUACUAAAUUACAAUUUUUCAAAAAUAAAAAUGGUAAAAGACAUUUACAACAGGGAACAACAACAAAUUCUAUAUCACAAGUACUUAGGCCAUCGAUAUUAUUAUUUGAUAAAAAUUCAUCAACUCUUAAAAAUGAAUUACAUCAUGCAUCCUCAUCUACAACAAUAUUAGGGACAGAUAAAUUUUCACCAUCAACAGAAUUUGCUAAUAUAUCUUUAAGAACUUUUAAAUUGGAACCACUACCUAAGAUUCCUCUUACAUUUAAGGAGGAAGAUGAAGAAGAGAAGGAAGUUGAUAGUAAAUUAAAAAAAUUUACCCAAGAUUCAUCUUCAUCUCCUAUAUUAGCAUGUGAAAAUCCUACAUUUAAAUUUACCACAAAUUGUAUCGCUUUUCAUGAAACUUUUAAUGAAAGUAAAAGAAAAAAUUAUGGAAAGAAUGGGCAAAAGUUUUCUAUUGAUGAAUUUUUAAAAAAAAGUAAUAAACGUCUACGAAGACGUCUUCCUAUAAAUGAUUCAUCAAAGAUAUCUUCAAAUAAUGAAUUGCCAUGUAAAAAACUUUCUCUUGACCAUUCUUCUUCAACAAAAUCAUUUAAAAGUUCGACUUAUUUUAGUAAUAAAUUUAAUCAUGAUAAUAUAAUGGAAGAUGAUGGAAAAAAGGAUAAAUAUGAAAAUAGAAAAAAUUAUAUAAAUUUACCUAAUAAAAUUAAUAGUACACAAAUAAAACAAAAAAUCCCUGGCGAUGUUGAAGUAAAAGUAUUAAUAAAAAGCAAAUCAUCAGCAAAUGUCGACAAAGAUGGAGAGAAAGUUAAUUGUCAUGUGUUAAGAAAAAGUUUAACAUUAAUAUUUAAUACAGAUAAACGGGAAACUUUUUCAAUGGAUCAAAACAUUAACAAUAACAAUAUAAAUAUAAAUAAUAAUUAUGAUAAAACACCGCAAACCCCAACAUCACGACCAAUGUAUCUUUCGAUUAGUCAAUCUCAUCACCUUCAUCACCAACAAUUAUCACCAACUUUACAACAACAAACAACGACAUCUUCAAAUAAAUCUACAACCACUUCAAAUACUAUUACAUCUGAACUUCAAACAUCAAAUCAUAUAAACGGGCGUGAUCCUGAUAAAGAUUCUAUUGGAUCUAAUAGUAGCCAUGAAAUAACAGUAAAUUAA